AUGCGACGAGUUGGGGUUCUUCGAGCGCAUGGCUGGGCUACCUCGGUUUGCGACUUGACUUCACAACAGCUUGGAAGAAGGAUAGAGACGAAUGUAGUGGCCCGAUUCAGUAUUUCACUGCCGCCACAGCAGUCGAAACGAUACAACUCUAGCACCAAUGCCGCGACAUGGCCCUCCCAGCGGCUAAUAAGUCCGCCACGUCCGUGUAUCACCAGCCAGCUCUCUGGUAGAUCAUCCAUAGCUUCUUCUCCAAUAUGGCAGCCAGCAUUUCAUCAAUUGCGAUAUUUUAGGAGCACGUCCCAGAUACAAGAAGGAGCGAAGAACACCGAUCGGCAAGAUCUCAUUGAGAAGGAGAAAGCAAGGAAAGAGGAGGAGGAGGAGGAUUUACUUGACGACGAUGGAUUCCAAAAGAGCGAAAAGGCCUCGAAAGCUGCACAAGUCAACCUGAGCGCUCGUUUAUCGAGUCCAAAGCAGCAAGGAAAUUCUGCUGGGUUCGGCGAGAUAUGGAGGCUGAUCAAGAUAGCGAGGCCAGAAGCCAAAUGGCUAGGUCUAGCUUUCACCUUCCUCCUCAUAUCCUCGGCUAUAACCAUGUCUAUACCCUUCUCAAUCGGUAGAAUCUUGGAUCUUGCGACCAAAGAUCCAGCUGAAGGCAAUACGUUAUUUGGUCUUGAGAUGAGCCAGUUCUAUAUUGCCCUCGGUGCUGUCCUGACAGUAGGUGCUGCUGCGAAUUAUGGGCGUAUCAUUAUCUUGCGGAUUGUGGGAGAGAGAAUCGUUGCUCGCCUACGAUCACAAUUGUAUAGACGGACAUAUGUUCAGAAUGCAGAAUUCUUCGAUGCUAAUCGAACCGGAGAUCUUAUCUCUAGACUGAGCUCUGACACUGUUAUUGUCGGUAAAAGUAUUACUCAAAAUCUUUCUGAUGGACUGAGAGCAAUAGUUAGUGGAGGUGCUGGUUUCACUGCCAUGGCUUGGGUGAGUCUAAAACUUACUAGCAUUCUAUGCUUGAUGUUCCCUCCUGUGGCCAUAGGCGCAUUCUUCUAUGGAAGAAUGAUCCGAAACUUGAGCAGAAAGAUCCAACGGAACCUUGGUACCUUGACUAAGAUCGCUGAAGAAAGGCUGGGAAAUGUUCGAACGAGUCAAGCAUUCGCUGGAGAGACCCAAGAAGUUGGGCGAUACAACCAUCAGAUCAAGAAGAUAUUUGCGCUUGGGAAGAGGGAAGCUAUCCUCAGUGCAACAUUUUUUAGUACCUCUGGCUUCUUCGGCAACAUGACAAUUCUUGCUUUACUGUACUCGGGUGGAUCAAUGGUCAAAAAUGGAGUCAUCAGCGUUGGUGACUUGACUUCUUUCUUGAUGUACACUGCAUACGCAGGUUCAUCUCUCUUCGGGGUUUCAAGCUUUUACUCGGAGCUGAUGAAAGGUGUGGGAGCUGCAAGUCGCUUGUUCGAACUUCAAGACCGCAAGCCGACGAUUCCAGCUACCGUCGGAACCAAAGUCCGAUCCGCUCAAGGUGUGAUCAAGUUCUCAAACGUUCAUUUUGCCUAUCCUACCCGGCCAGCAGUCAAGAUUUUCGAAGGGCUUGACUUUGAGAUUCCUUCGGGAACAAAUGUCGCCAUUGUUGGGCCAAGUGGGGGUGGAAAGUCAACUAUUGGCUCACUUCUGCUUAGGUUCUACAAUCCUACUGAGGGCUCCAUCUUCAUUAAUGGUCAAGAUAUAACAGGCAUGAAUGGCAAGUCACUUCGUCGACGAAUUGGUAUGGUUGGUCAAGAGCCAGUCCUCUUCUCUGGCUCAAUUGCCGAAAAUAUCGCAUACGGAAAGCCUCAUGCUUCGAGGGCCGAAAUUACAGCUGCAGCUAGAAAGGCCAAUUGCCAGUUCAUUAGCGAUUUCCCUGACGGACUGGAAACAUCGGUCGGCGCAAGAGGCGCACAGCUGUCUGGCGGUCAAAAGCAACGUAUUGCCAUCGCAAGAGCUUUGCUUAAGAAUCCAGACAUCUUAAUUCUUGAUGAGGCUACAUCCGCACUUGAUGCCGAGUCAGAGACACUAGUCAAUUCAGCCCUUGCUGCCCUUCUGAGGGGGCACAACACAACAAUCUCGAUCGCCCAUCGACUUUCUACUAUCAAGAGAUCUGAUCAAAUCAUUGUCCUCGGAAGUGAUGGAAAGGUUGCUGAACAAGGCACAUAUACGAAGUUAUCAAACGAUCCAAACUCAGCAUUCUCAAAGUUGAUGGAAUGGCAAAUGAGUGGCGGCGACGCAGAGAAGAAAUCUACGGAACCCGAAGGCCAGAUCACCGACAAAGAAGUGACAGAUGAUGAUCUAGCUCGCUUAGAAGAAGAGACUCCCGAUGAUGAUGAGGACGAAGUCAUCAAGCAGCGUGGAGAUAAAGCAACUAAAACCGAAACAGUGUUGGAGAAGACGGGUAAACAGAUGAAAUAG